AUGUGCAUUCCCUUGUGGUUUGACGUUGGCAAAUGGCUACUGAGCAGCGACGAUGGGCUUCAUUUCUCACCCACAGCACUCGUCAAUGGGAUUAAGGCGGAUUUCUUUGGGACUAUGGAUGAGUUCAAGCGCUAUGCCAAAGCCGAAGCCAUCGGAGUAGCGCCUAGAGCGUUCGACGAAACCUACUUUCAGACGCACAGUGCUAGUUUCGGUACCACAGAUUAG